AGAGCAACACUGAGCCUAACCAAGACGUCUGUGAAAAUGACAGCAGCUUUGUUCCUGCUACAACUGAGUGGCUUCUUUGGAUCUGGGAGUACUGGGAAGGUGCUGGUGUGGCCAAUGGAAUACAGUCAUUGGCUCAACUUAAGGAUAAUCCUAGAUGAACUUGUGAAGAAGGACCAUGAAGUGACAGUUCUGAUACCCUCAGCCUCCAUUUCAUAUGAGGUUGGAGACAUAUCAGCUAUUGAAUUUGAGACAUACCCUACAUCCACUUCCCUGGAUGAUGUGGCGGCACUUUACAUGGAAACAAUCAGGAAAAGUGUUUAUGAGCUGCCAAAGCAAUCAUUUUGGGGAUACUUUGUAAUGUUGCAAGAAGUGGUUUGGGAAGAUUCAAAUUAUUUUGAAAGUCUCUGCAAAGAUGUAGUUUUUAACAAGGAACUCAGGACAAAAUUACAAAAUACAAGCUUUGCUGUCAUAGUAGCAGAUCGCUUCGUGCCCUGUGGUGUCCUGCUGGCUGAGAUUCUCAAGAUACCCCUGGUGUACAGUCUCCGAUUCCUUCCUGGGUACACACAUGAAAAGUACAGUGGAGGACUGCCACUGCCUCCUUUCUAUGUGCCUGUUGCUAUGUCAGAAUUGAGUGAUCGAAUGACAUUCAUGGAGAGGGUAAAAAAUCUGAUCUAUGUGCUUUUUGACUUUUGGUUCCAAACAUAUAACAAGAAGAGGUGGGAUCAGUUUUACAGUGAAGUCUUCGGAAAACCCACAACACUCGUUGAGAUGAUAGGGAAGGCAGAUGUAUGGCUCAUUCGAACCUACUGGGAUUUAGAAUUUUGCCACCCUGUCUUACCAAACUUUGAUUUCGUUGGAGGACUCCACUGUAGACCUGCCAAGCCUCUGCCAAAGGAAAUAGAAGACUUCGUCCAGUCUUCCAGAGAACAUGGUGUGGUGGUGUUUUCCCUGGGGUCCAUGGUGGGUACCCUAACAGAAGAAAGGGCCAAUGUGAUUGCAGCAGGUCUUGCCUAGAUUCCACAGAAGGUUCUUUGGUGAUUUGAAGGCAAGAAGCCAGACAACUUGGGAUCCAACACUCGGCUGUACAAAUGGAUUCCCCAGAAUGACCUUCUCGGUCACCCAAAAACCAGAGCUGUUAUAACUCAUGGUGGCACCAAUGGCAUCUAUGAGGCCAUCUACCGUGGGAUCCCUGUGGUGGGCAUUCCUUUGUUUGGAGACCAGUUUGAUAAUGUUGUUCACAUGAAGCCCAAAGGACCAGGGGUUCGACUGCACUUUCUCACAAUGGCCAGCACAGAUUUGCUCCAUGCAGUGAAGACAGUCACUAAUGACCCUUCCUAUAAGGAGAACGCCAUGCGGCUAUCAAGAAUCCACCACGAUCAGACAGUGAAGCCCCUGGACAGAGCUGUCUUCUGCAUUGAGUCUGUCAUGCACCACAAAGGGGCCAAGCACCUUCGUGUGGCAGCGCAUGACCUCACCUGGUACCAGUACCACUCUCUGGACGUGCUUGGAUUCCUGCUUGCCUAUGUGGUAACUGUGAUGUUUGUCAUCACAAAGUGUUGCCUCUUUUGCUGCCAGACAUUAGCUAAAUCUGGGAAGAAGAAGAAAGGGGAGUAGCUGAAGUGGGGAGGACUGAUACAUGGACCUCCUCCAGUGCAUCACAGCAAGGGAGGCUUUUGGGGAAGGGUCUUUCAUCCUGUGACAAGACAGCUUUUCAGUCUUA